AUGUUUGAUGGCAGAAAAAUCAAACCUAAAUGUAAAAUAUGUGUACCUUGUGAACACAAAGGCUUCACAAAACAUAUUGAUAUAAUGAUAGUCAAACAGGAUGUACCAUCAGUACUUGGUUUGAAUGCAUGUAUAAGUUUGAAUCUUAUAAAGAGAAUUGAUAAUUUACAAAAUUGUAAUAAGGUUGAAGAUGCAUUCUCUGAUAUUUUUGAUGACCUGGGAGUCAUUGACAAUUUUGUUCAUAAAAUUCAGCUUAAAACUGAUGUAAAACCCAUAAUAAAUCCACCUCGCAGAGUACCUGUUGCUCUAAGAGAGUUGCUCAAAGCUGAAUUGAAUCGUUUGGAAGAUUUGAAUGUUAUUGAAAAAAUUACUGAACCUACAGAAUGGGUCAAUAGUCUAGUAAUUGUAAAAAAGAAGUAUAAUGCUUUACGAAUUUGCCUCGAUCCUUUGCAUUUGAAUCGUGCUAUAAAACGGGAACAUUUUCCAAUGCAAACUAUUGAAGAUAUUAUGACUAGAAUGUCUAAUGCCAAAUAUUUUUCUGUACUUGAUGCUAAUCAUGGUUUCUGGCAAAUUAAACAAUUGUUAGAAAAAGAUAUUGAAUGGUUCUGGGGUCCUGAGCAAAACAGUGCUUUUGAGAAAUUGAAAUAUGCCAUUUCUAAUGCUCCUGUGCUAAAAUAUUUCAAUGUUAAUGAACCUGUGAUUUUAUCUGUUGAUGCGAGCUCAAAAAGAGUUGGGGCAUGUUUAAUUCAAAAUGGUCGACCAGUGGCAUAUGCGUCUAAAUCGCUUACAAAAUGUCAGCAAAAUUUCGCGCAAAUCGAAAAAGAAAUGUAUGCAAUUGUUUUUGGGUGUGAACGCUUUCAUGACUAUCUGUUUGGCCAAGUUCACAUCACUGUUCAAUCUGACCAUAAGCCACUUGAGACAAUAUUGAAAAAACCAUUACAUUGUGCUCCGAUGCGUUUACAACGCAUGAUUCUAAGAAUACAAUCUUACCCGCUGGAUGUUAAAUAUAAAGCUGGUAAAGAACUUUAUAUUGCUGAUGCUUUAAGUCGAGCAUAUGAUUCCUCAGAGUAUUCAUCUGAGAAGGAAGAAGAACUAUAUGAUGUCAAUCUUCUUGAAUAUGAAGAUAUGAAAGAAUGA